CUCUGCCUUAUGCCACUACUUCGUUACACACUCUCUCUGCGUCGUCUCUUUUUCACUCUCCCGCUCUCGCUCCCAAACCUUACCUCUUCAACCCGGUUUUCCUCCUUCCAGUUCGUAUGUCUCUUCAAUCUUCUCUAAUUUCUUCCUCCAUUGUUCUGAGACCACCAAUCGCUAUGAUCCCGUCCGAAAUCCUAACCGUAUCGUCGUCUGAGAGCACAGCGACGGCGACGACGCUGGUUAGUUCAGCCGGUGGAAUCCUUCGUUGACACUUCUCUCUCUGGUCUGCUUCGUCGAACUUCAUGUCGCGCCGGCUUUCUACAAAUGGCGAUGGCAAACCCUUUCAAUUUGUGAGGUGACGACGCUGAGGACCCCACAGCAAAUCGCAGCGGCGGCAGCGGCGUCUCCACUCAAGAAGGGUUCAGCUGCGGCGGCUCAGCAGCAGCAGCAAACUCAGUUGGCUUCUAAGCCUGUUCCUCCUGCUCAGGCUGAUGGAAAGGAAAAAGCAAGAGGAUAAAGUGAAGAGGGUGCAACAACAGGAGGAACAUUUUAAUUUUGUUAAGGAGGCAGAUCAUCGACACCUACAUUGAUGGAGUAGCUGCAGCUGCUAGGAAGUGCGAUGUUGGGGGAAAGAGGAGAGUUAUGAGAUCGGUUGCAGUGAGGUGGACCACAAAGGCAGCAGUGGCAGUGGGACAUGGGGGUGUGGCAUCAAGCUCUGGUAUCCCAGCUACCGUUGCGACGGCCAGAGACGGUAGUCCUGGAUACCACGGUUUUGAUAAUAAGCAGAAAACAGAGAGGGUCGCUGGUUCAGGGGCACUGGGGCAGUAGUUCAGAGAUUCAAAUCUAGGUUAUUCGUAGGUCUAUCUUGUGCAUAUCUUGUUAUUUCAACCUGCUAAUGUCUUUGACAUUCUAUGUUAAUGCACUCUUUAACAGAAAGAAACAAAAGAUUGGACAAUGUUGUUAAUUGACUUGGUAAAUGCUUAUUGUGGAUGGGAGCACCAUGAAUUUGGGUUUGUGGGACUCUCUCUGUUGGACUAUGAAUUACAUGGUGUUGAUUGAACAAAAGUGGAGUUUGAGGAUAAUCAAGUUUGUUUGGAUCUCUUUGAUAUGCUGAACAGAGAGAAAGAGGAGAUGGAAGAUAAUAAUAAAGAUAUCAAUAAUUGGCUCGCAGUGACGAGGUCCAGGAAUGGAAAGUGGUGGUACAGUGCUUUUCACAAUGUCACUGCUUUGGUUGGAGCAGGAGUGCUGGGAUUUCCCUAUGCCAUGUCUCAACUUGGAUGGGGUCCUGGCAUCACAGUUUUGGUGCUUUCAUGGAUAUGCACGUUAUACACGGCAUGGCAGAUGAUUGAGAUGCACGAGGCUGAGUCUGGGAAGAGGUUUGAUAGGUACCAUGAAUUAGGGCAAUAUGCCUUUGGGGAGAAGUUGGGGUUAUGGAUUGUGGUGCCACAAACACUCAUAGUGGAUGUUGGUACUGACAUCAUUUACAUGAUUACUGGUGGAAAUUCCUUGAAGAAGGCCCAUCAGAUUCUUUGCAAAGACUGUAAGCCAAUUAGGACCACUUACUUCAUUAUGAUCUUUGCAAGCCUUCAGUUUUUCCUCUCGCAUCUCCCCAGUUUCAAUUCCAUCAUUGGUGUAUCUAUUUCUGCAUCCGUCAUGUCCAUCUGCUACUCAACGAUUGCAUGGACAAGUUCGGCUCAUAAAGGUGCCUUACCAGAUGUGAAAUAUGAUGGAAGAUCUUCAACUACGACAGGGAAUGUUUUCGACUUCUUUACGGGUUUGGGGACCAUAGCAUUUGGGUAUGCUGCACACAAUGUGUUGCUUGAAAUCCAAGCAACAGUUCCUUCGACGCCAGAGAAGCCUUCAAAGAAGGCCAUGUGGAAGGGAAUGAUUGCUGCUUACAUUGUUGUGGGUUUGUGCUACUUCCCUGUUGCAAUCUUUGGCUAUUGGGCUUUUGGAAACUCUGUUACUGAUAACAUCCUCAUGUCUCUCGAUAAACCCCACUGGCUCACCGCCGUUGCCAAUAUAUUUGUCGUUAUUCAUGUCACCGGAAGUUAUCAGGUGUUUGCUGUUCCGGUGUUUGACAUGAUGGAAUCAGUCAUGGUGCGGAGAAUGAAUUUCAGGCCAACUUGGUACCUUCGUUUCAUUUCCCGCAAUAUUUAUGUUGCACUUACUAUGCUAGUUGCAAUUAUAUUUCCAUUUUUUGGUGGGCUCCUUAGCUUCUUAGGAGGACUUGUCUUCGCCCCAACCACAUACUUUCUCCCUUGCAUAAUAUGGCUAGUAGUCUAUAAACCAAAGAGAUUUAGCGGAUCCUGGUGUGCAAAUUGGUUUUGCAUCGUAUUUGGAGUAUUAUUGAUGGUUUUAGGCUCGAUUGGCGCAAUGAGGGAGAUCAUACUGCAAGCUAAGGACUACAAAUUUUUCUCUUGAUCUUUUUUGGCACAAACGAGGUUGCGUCAAUGAUGAUGUUCCUUUGAAUAUUAUUCAUCACAUUUGUUCAUCUAUUUCUUUUAGCCCUUUAGUCAAAUACCUAGUUAGCUAUUUUAGAAAAGCACUCUUAUUAAGUGAAGUGUAUUGUUAGAAGAACAGACUAAUUUCAUUUUAAGUAUGGUCGAACUUCCUUUUUAGCUUUUAAUAGGUUAUUUCAUUAGAGUAGAAUCCAUAUUCCUUUCCCGCAAAAGUUUGGGAACCAAAUACUAUAAUGAAGAUUUUAUAAUUGUCUUC